AUGGCUUCGGGCAAGAAUGAUCCGAAACUGCUAUACGCCAUUAAUGGUGUAUCAGCUUACCACAUUUCCAACGGCAAGGAGCAGUCGCUCACCCCAGCCGGUCCUCAGACUCUGUCCCUACUGAUGGUGCCUACCUCGUCACCCUUCGCUGAUGCUUCGCUUGUUGAUCCCGAGUCUGCCCCGGCCGAGGAGGACUUCUACUUGCACCUGCACCUGCCCCCAGAGCUAGAUUUGCCUCUGCCAGCGACGACACAGAUCUACCACCAGCCGCCCACUAGCUAUCUGAUCCCACGGUGGGACCUUGGCCCGGACAGCGGCUCUUUUACGAGGAUCGAGUUCCCUGCAUUGGGUGGCCGCAAGGGGGUCCAGGAUGAUAUCGAUACUUUCGAGACCAUCCUGGCGCAGUGUACGGCUUUUCUGGAGAGAGCACCGCCGCCUGUUCCCAGGGGAAAGAAGAACGAUGCACCUCCAGCGAGCACCUCCCGAUCCAAGGAGGCGAUGGCCGCUGAGGAGAAGCUCCCUGCUUACAACCCUGGGGACUACAAGCCCGGAGAGGCUUAUGCCAAGGGCAGCCAUAGCUCUCACAAAAGCGGCCAGAUUGUUCUCAUCGACGAGGAGGAUGGUAGUGUCAUUGGUGAACUAGGCGAGGACUACCAGCUUGUCGAGGAUAGUGCACUACAGCCAGGGUCCAAAGAGCCCGUGCAGAUCACCCUGCCCGCUGACGGGUCCCACCAAAUUGCGAUUGCACCAGCAAGUGACGAAGAUGUGGAGAUGGCCCUGCACCCAUCUUACAAGAAGUCAUUCCUGGUGUCCAACGCGAUGGCUGCAUCCCGGCUCAUCGUCACCACCUCAGACAUGGUCUCCAAGGCGAUGCAGAACAGCGCCGACAGCUUCACGCAGAAGACGAAGCCUGUGGCGAAGCCUGUCACGUUCAAGCCCACAACGAGGGAGCACAUCCGCAAGGUGCAUACGUUUACCUCGAACGCAGCGGGCCUGUCUUCCAAGACGGUCGGGUCCAUAGGAAAGGUUGCGCAGAACCUGGGCGCCACCCUGGGCCGGAACAAGACCAAAGAUGGGCAACCCAAGGGCUACGACAAGGACGGCAGGCCACUCGAGGACUUCAAGCCGGGCCUGCUGAAUAAGAGCCUCAUGGCCUUCAGUACCAUCGCAGACGGCGUGGAGAAGGCCGGCCGCAACCUGCUCGAGACCAGCUCCAGCGCCACUACCAAGGUCGUCACGCACAGGUGGGGACCAGACGCGGGCGAUAUCUCGAAGAGUCUCAGCGGCGGCGUGAAGAAUGUCGGCUUGGUCUAUAUCGACGUGACGGGCGUGUCCAGACGGGCGAUUCUCAAAUCAGUGGCUAAGGGCAUGGUUGUGGGCCGCGUUGCGGACGGCGGCGGCCAAGUCAUUGUUGGCGGAGGCGAUGGUGGAUCUGAAACGAGUCCAAUUACGGGAGCAAAGGGAAAGAAAGUUGCGACUGUGAAAUACUGAAAUAUUGAAAGAGUGCGAUGUCUCUCAAGACAGGAUAAUACGAGAACGAGCUUUACGUAUUUAUGGUUCUGAACUUUCUUUCUUUAGUAUCAAUCAAAGUAUGCAGUACAUUCACCCUCCC